AAGGAAAAUGUAUAAUAAAAAAGAAAAGUACAGUUUUAAUACAAAAUACAAAGCAACAAAACAAAAGUCAUGUAUAUCUGACAAAACAAUCUGUUUCUGUUGUUGUUGAGCUUGAAUAUAGCACAAUGACAGGAUUAUGCAAAAUAAUAUACUUUAUAUGAAUAGACGUGUAAUUUAUGACAGUGUGAAUAAAGAUAUGUAUUUAAAAAGUGAAAAACAGUCAAAUCAAAGCUAUUUUUGAACUCAGAACAUGGUAUUGCUACUUAUAAAAUAUCUGAGUACAUUUUCCAGAUUGUCUAAUAGUGUUAAUAUGAUUAAUAUCAUAUAAAACGGUCUCCUUUCAAAAUAAAUGCAAGCACACACACCACACCUGCUCUUUCGCACACUCGGAGUGCUUCUGCUUUUAUUUUGAAAUUGGCAUCGCUGGAGUUGGCCCGAGCCAGCCGCGGCAGAUGGACUGGUUGAACCUCUUUUCUAGAGAAGAGUCCUGAAGCCACCCGUGUUACCUGUUGCUAUAAUCAGUGUGUCUGUCCCAUGUCCUUUUUAUGUGUUCAUUGUAUUUAUAUAAGAAUGUUCUGAUAUGUAAAACGAUCUUUUAAAUGUAGACACAAAUGGUGCUAAACUAAUAAUUGUUGAGUUGGAUUUUAAUUAAAGUACUUUUGACCUCACAUCUAAAGUGUUUCUACAAGAAGUGUCUUUAUUAGAGUUUAUUAGAGUAGAGUUUUUACCUUUAACAUUUGACAUUAAUUUGGAGAAAGUAGAUUCCAGACGUUUCCCCUGUUUGACUUGUUGGCCCAGAGAUGUAAAACCGUUCAGCAUGUUCAUUUGUGACGUCACAGUCUCGUGCUACAGGAUCGGCAGCGUUUCGAUGCACCUGUUCUAUACCUCCUGGAGCAGAGCGACACUGCCGGACUGAAGGCUGGGACAACAGCAGCAUGGGAGGUUUCUACUCCAGUGAAAAGAUGGCAGGAGUUUUCUCCUAUGAGAGUUCAGAACUCGACUGGUGUGAAGACAACUACAAACACUCUGAACAUGUAGUGGAGUACUUCAACACUAUGAGCAGCUUUUUUUUCUUCAUCAUAUCUCCCAUCAUGCUUUACCUUCUGCACCCUUACGCCAAAGAGAGAAACUUGGCGAUUCACAUGGUCUGGAUCUUGAUGAUAUUUGUAGGGCUCUUCUCGGCGUACUUCCACAUGACACUUAGUUUCGUUGGCCAGAUGUUGGACGAGUUGUCCAUCCUGUGGGUGUUGGCGGUGGCAUAUGCUGUCUGGUUCCCCCGCAGACUCUACCCUUCUUUUAUAAAGGAAAGGUCCACAUUUUCCAGCCUCGUCCUGGUGGUCACUGUCAUCUCCACAUUGUCCUCCUUUGUCAGACCCACAGCCAAUGCCUAUGUUUUAAACUGCUUUGGCCUCCAUAUGCUUUACGUUGUGGUUGCCGAGAUGCAAUGCUGCACUGACCAGAAAGCUCUGCGACUGGGGAAGCUGUCGGUGGCUUUGUGGGUUCUCGCCAUUUCCUGCUGGAUUAGUGACCGUUUUGGCUGCAGCUUCUGGCAGAGGCUAAACUUCUGCUACCUGCACGGUAUCUGGCAUAUUCUGAUUGUGAUAGCUGUGGCUUAUGCCAGCACCCUGAUUGCUUACCUGGAUGCCAACUAUGAGAUACCGUACUCUCUGCCUGGACUGCAGUACUGGCCCUGUGAUAAAUGGGCUGUCGGAUUACCUCACAUUGUCCUGAAGGGCACAACCAAAACACAGAAACGGUGCUAACAAAGUCAAAGUCCUUUGUAUUGGUACACUUCAUUAUUACAAGUGUAUGUGAAUGGGAAACUAUCACAAUGAUUUAAUCUAGUAACCUUUAUUCAGCAGUUGCCUCACCUAGAACAAACUGAAAUCACAAGAAUCUGACCUGAUCACUUCCAAAUUGUUGUUUCUUCUUCUUUUACUUGCCAGAUUAACACAAGAGAACAAUGUGUUGGACCAAAAUUAAGCUUUUUUAGAAAAAUCCUGUUAAAUGUUUGUUUAUGCCAAGUAUGAAUUACCAAAUGGGCCAACUGGACACAGGCCUAUAGGUUCCCUUAAACAGUAAUCUACCAAGGCACUCUCCACUUAAAAACACAGACAAAUGUAAAUAUACAAUACAGCAUUAGAUUAUAUAAAUUAUCAUAAAACAUGCAAUAACUCGGUUUGGUUUCUGUGCCCAAAUGCCAAGUGUUUUAUUAUCCAUCCAUGUUUUACACCAAUAUUGAUUGUAGACACAGAGCUUACACAAAUUGAUAUAUUUAGUUGAGAAACACAAAAACGUAUCUAUCAUCUACAUAUCAAAGUACAAAAUAUAGUAUAUUUAAAAAUACCCAUUAUUUAAAUGUUACCAUUGAUGACUUAACAACAUUAUCAUAUGUACUGUAGGUUUAUGCUUUUAAUACAGAAGCAAAUACAAAACAUUCAGUAAUAUUAUUUAAGUUAAAAUAUAUUAGUUUUUCUUUGGAAGAGGCAAGCUGAUGGGAAAAAUAAAAAUGUAAUUAAAGCUGCAAUCAGCAUUGAACGGGCCCUCACAUCUCCCCGCAAGUCAGGCAGGGGUACUGGCGAGACUCGGUUCUACACGUCUGUGCACUUCCACAACCACUGAACAAUGUGCACAUGAGAUCAACGUCAUUUCUUGAGUGGCGUGCGUGGUGCUGGAGAACACGCACGCCACGUCAUGUUGCCGUGUAUGUGAAAACCACCCCAUUUAAAUACCAUGUGAAUUGGAUGAUAUUUGACACAAAUGACUUCCAAUGACUCAAGAUGUCUUCAGGUCUGGACUCUUAUCCAGCGUGGGACAUUUAGGGCUGAUUGGAAAAUCUAAAGUCAAGUCACAACAGCUUCCUGUGUCAUGGUGAAACCUACAAAUUGCCCGUUGGGUCAUUGCAACGCCGCUCCACAAAAAUAGAAAAGCUUCACAAUUCCGCAUUGUGAGGUCUUGAGAUUCAGCUGACCAAAUUUGGGGUGGAUUUGUUAAAUCAUCUAAAUACUUGUAAAUUGCCUAAAAUUACAUAACAUUGUGUUGAUAUCGACUAUUGCUUCACAAUUUAGCAUCAAAUUAGCUGGAGGGUUAUACCAACCAAAUGUGAAACGAUAAAUCGAUGAAGAAAGAAAACUGUACAACAUUUUAAAUGGCCAACUUCCAUUUGGGCAGAGCUAAUGUGACAUUAAUAUGAGUACCAGAUUUCGUGAAUAUCGAGGAAACUGUUUCCCAACUAAGGCCUUACACUCAUUAGUGUCCCAAUUACUGCAGAACUUUGCUAUUUUCACCAGUUCUGAAGCAUGUGCCAAUUUUUUUGUUUCUGAGCAUCAGAAGUGCCUAAAAUAUGCAAUUGUGCAGUGGAAUAAUAAUCUGUCCUUUAUACUUUUGUUUCUAAAAAAACAAUACUGUUGCAAACAGAGCUGGGGCCAGCUGGUGUUUAGAGUUGAAUGAUGUUUAACUUCUGUGUGUAUGAUGAGGCAUGGUUCCAUUGAGACAUUUUAACACGAUGUCUGUCAAACAAUGCUUAAAUGUCUACAUCCUGGAUGACUGAGAACAUUUGAGAAUGUGUGUGUAUUUCUGAAGAGUUUGUAUUUGACUGUUAAAAGCAUGUUGGGUUUUGUUCAUAUAAAUCAACUGCUGUUAUUUAUUUUCAAGAUAUGAAUGCACAUUUAAUUCUGUACAUGGCGGAAUAUAUUGAUGUACCAUGUUUUCUUAUGAUGAAACUCUUGUUGUUCUCAGGAACAAUAACUACUGUAAUUAUUUAGAACAGUUUCUUUGAGUGGAAUAAACUACGUUGAAAUGUUGUUUACAUAGAGAUACCUCAAUAUGUGGUGGUUUCACAGACAUAUACUCUCAAUGUUGUACAAAUACCAGCUAAUUAAAAGUGAAUUAAAAGCAUUGUAGUU